UCGGCGAACCUGGUGAAGGAGCUGCUGACGUACGUGCGGAAGCAGCGCCUUCGCGCGGCGGCGCAGGGCGGCGGCGCGUACACGCUGACCCCCGAGCAGCGCGCGGCGGCGGAGAAGGCGGAAGCGGCGAGGAUGGCGGAGGCGCAGGCGAAGAAGGACGCGGAGGAGGCGGCGGCGAGGCGCGCGCUCGAGGAGAAGGAGGCUGAGGAAAAAUUCGCGGCGAUGCGUCUGAAAGAAGCCGCCGCCGGCGAGGUCAUCACAUGGGUCUUCGAGAAGGGCAGCAUCCUCAGGAAGCCCGGCGGGAUACCUUUCAAGCCCGGGAAGAAGCCCGGGGAGCCGCCGACGAUCCAGGUCGUGAUCCCCGCGAUGAUCGUGGGACGCAUCAUCGGAAAGCAGGGCUCCACGAUUCGCGGCAUCGAGGAGCGGAGCAAGGCGAAGGUGAGCAUCUCGGAAGGGAAGGGCGGGCCCGGGAUGUCGACGCUCGUCGUCGUCGGCGACGACCGCGCGAGCGAGAGCGUGCGGAUGAUGGUGAACAACGCCAUCGGCGGCGGGAAGCGGUGACGACGGACGGACGCGAGAAGCUCGCUUUUAACGACAACCGCCCGAGGACUUCCGUUCGAAAACCUAAACCCUUAGGGUUUAGGUUUUGAGGUUGUUUUGACCCAAAUGCCCGACUGUUCUCGACCACGCGCCACGUGUCCAGCUCGUCCAUCCGUUCUCGACGCCAGUCCCCGAGGCGCCGCGCACGCUCCGACGCACAUGCGCGCCGCGUCCGCCGCCCCCGCGACGCUUCGCGCGCCCGCGCGCCGCCGCGCGCCCGCGCGUCGCCGCGCCGCCUCGCGCGCCGCCGCCGCGUCGUCGUCGUCGUCGUCCGAUCGGUCCGAUCGGCACGUCGUCCUCCUCCCCGGGCUCGGGAACGCGUCGUCGGACUACGACGACUUCGUCGCCGAGCUCGAGUCCAGGGGCGUGCGCGCGACCGUCGCGAAGGUCGCGCGCCCGGACUGGCUGCGAAACGCCGCGGGCCUCGCGUCGCCGACGUACUGGCAGGGCACGCUGACGCCGCGUCCCACCGUGGACUGGUACCUGACGCGGAUAGAGGACGCGAUCGCCGCGGCGAAAGCCGACGGCGCGUCCAAGGUGACGCUCGUCGCGCACAGCGCGGGCGGGUGGCUCGCGCGCGUCUACCUCCACGACUUUGGCGUCGACGACGUGCGCGCGCUCGUGUCGCUCGGGUCGCCGCUGAACGCGUGCCCGAAGGACGUCCCCGGCGUCGUCGACCAGACGAGAGGCGCGUUCUAUCUCACACUGGUUCCCAUACGACCGCGAUGGCGUGGUGAACGCCGCAUCUUGACGUGGGUGGAGCGCGAGUGCGACGCGCCGGAGAAACUCGGGAUCCCCGUGACGUGCCUCGCUGGGAAGUGGAAGAUGGGGAGCGACACGCCGGGGGCGACGAUCGAGUUCGCGGUCGGGCAAGGGUACAAGCAAGUGUGCGGCGCCGCGGAGGGGGUGUGGGGGGACGGGAUCACACCGGUGGAGGUGAGAGUCCGAGUGCGAUCGCUUUUUUCGUUUUUCACCCCGCGCCUGGGUUUCAACGUUAGAUCGCGUCCCCUUUCAACUGACCGAUCAACUUUGGAAUCACCCAUCCAUCGUCAGACCGCGCACCUCGCGGGCGCGACGUGCGUCACGCUCGACGGGGUGUUUCACACGCCGCUGGGGAGCGACGAGAAGGACAGGCCGUGGUACGGCUCGCCGAGGGUGUUGGACCAGUGGAUAGACGCGCUGCUCGCGUGA